UACGCUAACAAGAAGGUAGCUCGCUAGCAAUUUCUCGUGCUUUAGUUCACAUAUUAAAAAAAAAACAAAAAACAAACGUGUAGAAAGAAAAUAUUUUUUGAAAAUGACCAAAUUACAGCUUUUGCACCGCGCUCUUAACGAGCGCUUAAUGGCAGCGGUGGAACAGAUUAUGGAAAUGGUCGGCGGCACGGUGUUGGAGUACGAAGAGGAGACAGUUAGGGCACGGAAAGAAAACGAAAUUCUGAGACGGAGGUUACGAUGGAUGGAGGGUGAAAAUCCGACUGAUUGGCCAGGUGAGGCAGAGGUCUCUGGGCUUGAGCAGCAACCUGUGACCCUAGCAGUUGAUCCAGCACUGGAGCCCUUGGCCAUCAAAACAGAGCCCAUCGACACCUGUGACUCUCAGUCAUUUACACCUGACAGCAGCCUUGUGGCACCUGCUAACACCACCAACCUGGAACUGGUCGAUCCCGGGAUGAAUGCGCCCACUGAUGCCGGCCUUCCUGAUGGCGCGUUGUGGGACUCUGCUCACAGCUACAUGGCUCCCCUGGACUUUGACCCCACCAUGGUGAGGCACUGGAGAGGAAGAGGCCGGAGCCAAAGGAUGUCCUUUGCUUGCCCAGACUGUGGUAAGGUAUUUGGGAGAGAACACAGACUGAUAAUCCACAUGCGCAUCCACUCGUCUGAGAGGCCCUACACAUACCGCAGACGCAAAGCAUGCUUCUACGGGGACAAGACGCGCAAAAAGAAACUGCACAGAAUUUCUAAGACAUCUAGAGAGAUUGUAGACGAGCUAUCAGAUGGCUCAGAACAGACGGAGCGCAGCACUGGAUUGGAUGACAUCAGCACUUCAACAACUCCUGCACCCAGUGCCCCAGAGGUGGAGCCUGAUGAGGCAGCGGGUGAAGCCAACCAGAACCCAGAGGCCAGUGCUGCCAGGCCUGUGGGCCUCCGAGCCAGACAGGGAGGAGCCAGAACCAAGAUGCCUCGUUGUGUGCAGUGUAAACGGGUCUUCACUCAUGUGUCUCGGCUGGCAGUUCACAUGAAGACCCACAGGAAGCCUCUUCCCACUCACCAGGAACAUGAAGAACAAGAAGGCACUGACAAGACAGACAGAAGAUCACGUCAGCAUCCCAAGAAAGCAGUAAUGAGGAACAACGAGGCAGAGGUGGAAAGAGCGCGAGCAGGAGGCCAUACGCUGUUUCAGUGUUCAGAAUGCAAGAAGGUGUUUGCUCGCUCCUGUUGGCUGACCUUUCACCUGAAGUCACACGAGCGUGAGCGCGUCUUAGCCCGCAAAGAGAGAAAGCAAAGGCAGGUUCCAGGUAGCAGGAUGCAGAGAAGUGUCCCACAGGGCUCGCCUGAGCCGACGAAAGAGAUUACAAAGGAGGCAACUGCUGAAAACAGCAAAGUUCACGUACUAAAGAAAAUCUUUGCCUGCCCAUAUUGCGAUAAGGUUUUUGCUCGUGAAGGGUGGCUGGGCCCACAUAUUCGGAGUCAUACUUCUAAGACACCACAAAAGAGUGGGAUUUUUCCUGAUAACAUCAUACCUGGUUCUACUCAGAGAAGGACCCGCCGUACCAUCGUUUCCCAGUCCUUUCAACAGUUGGAAGAAGACACCACUGAGGUAAAGAGUGUCACGGAAGAUUCAAAAAGAAAAAAUGAAAAUUCAGAAAAAAUCAAAGAGCAACCAAAAGCAAAAAAUGUUGAGCUCAACAAAAAUUACACCGAAUCAGAAAGAAACUCGGAAACCAAAAGAAUUGGUAAUGAAUCUGAAAGAACCAUUGACAAAACAAAUAAAAUCCCAGAUGAAUCAAAAACAAUCUCCAAAGAGCCAUCUGGAGGAAUGGGCGGCAUCAGAUCAAAGAAAAGUUAUCCUUGCCGACAGUGUGGCAAAGUUUAUUUGCUUGCUGGUUGCCUAAAAACCCACAAGAAGAUGCACAGAAGGGAGAGGAUUCUGAGGUUGAUGGAGGAGCAAAGGCAAAUAGAGAGGAGUGCGGAGGGGCAGAGUCUCGAGGAGGAGGAGGAGGAGGAGGAGGAGAAUAUUGGGGAAAGGAAACCGAAGAGGAGUAAGAGGGUUCUGGAGAUUCAGCAAAAGCUGGGUAAAAGGAGGUCUACGAAGAAACAGCAUUUAGACAAAUCACCACAGAAGAAUGAGGACAAGCCUUCUGAUGACCAGCCAGCAGAAGCCAAGAGCAUAGAGGCUGCUACCAAAGCCCCUGGCCGUUGCGUUUGCAAGCACUGUGGGAAAGUCUAUGCUAGGAGAAACUGGCUGAAUCUGCACAUCCUGGGGCACAGGAAGCAAAUGCUGGCCCUGCAGCAAGACAGUGAUGAGAUGCAGAAAAACGACGACGAGCAGACAUCACAGGGAAGUUCGUCCACUGAGGAUUCUGCGGUUCAGAAAGGAAAAGAUGGAGGUAAAGCGUCAUUUCCCUGUCCCUUUUGUGAAAAAGCCUUCCCACGAGCGAUGCGACUGAUGGUGCACAUGCAGAUCCACUCAGGCGAGAAACCGUACCCCUACCGGCAACGUAAAGAACAAUUUUACGGUGACCUGACAAGGCCCAGAGGCCCGAGUUCCGACAGCCAGGAGCCUGCAAUAGAAAACACUGAUGAAAGGGAGGAGGAUGAAGGAAUCACAGUCACUAGGAAUCAGACCUCUGCAGUGUCUCAAGACCACACAAGCACUACAGAGCCUAUGGAAACCAUUCAACCUCAAUCAGUUUGCACUGGCAGAAAAUUGAGCCUACUACCUCCACAGUCAGCUGGUGCUGCUACUACCAGCCACAGCACAACUCAUUCACGAACUGAUUCUAAAUCAGUCAGCAAUGCUAUAAGCCACUUCAGUUUGCAGCCUAGAAUUGUUCUAGAACCAAUUACUGCUGAGCCCAAGCAUUGGACUGCAUCUGGAGAGGAUGAUUUUAGUGUAGUUAGUGCUGGAACUAGUGAUGUUGAACAGCACCAAAAUGUUGAUGUAGCUGAUGCUGCUAAAACAAAUGCUAUAGACUACCAAGUCAAUCCUCCUCAAAUUCCACUUGAAAACCUUAACACUUAUGACUACCUUGACAGCCAAAAUCCAUUGUCUAGCAUAAGCUAUACUGUUCUGUCAGAGACAGAUGAUCCGGAUAUUGUUUGUGUUAAAUUAGGUUCGUUUUGUAAGUCUCUUGAAAAUGCAUCCUUCCCUCCUACCCUGGUGAAAGGUGAGGUAGAAUCGGCAGAAAUAGAAGUAGAGCCAGAACUUUCAGGAACCCAAAUUAACAGCCCAAGUGUGAAAUCAGGUUUUACUGGGACAGUUUACUCUGUUGCCAAAAAUGGCCCCCCAUUCUCUGAACCUGAGAAAGGUAGCAAUGAUCGAGCACUGAUUUCUGAUAGUAAUUCUACUGAUAUAAUACUAACAACAGUUCCUGAAUUUCUCUUGGCAGAGUCCAGUUCCAGUGCUAUGCACCAAGAAGCUGACACAGAGCCAGUUUAUAUGGUCGUCUCAGAUGUUGAUGAGGAUAAUAAUGAUGAUCGUGAUGAUGACUGGUUAAAUGUGUCCAAUGUCCUGCAUGAAAAGAAAAAAAGGAAAAUGUCAACAGGGAGCCAAAUGCAGAUUGAACAGUCAGGUCUUAAAGGUACCACCAUCAGUCAGUCUUUCCAGAACCCUUCUAGCAUAGAACAAGUAAAUGGCCCUUUAUGUAAAGACCCCCUAAACCCAGCCCUGGAUAAGACUGCAUUUGUGUUGGCUGGUGCAGGUGCAGGUGCAGUUGACAAGACCCCUGUCAGCUCCUCAGAAAAAGCAACUGAAUCUGUAGUGUUUAUACCAAAUGAGACAGAUGAACAGAGUGACCAUUGUGGCUUACUCGCUAACAAGGAUAAGUUGGUGCCCACCUCCAUUCAGCAAACAGAAGAAAGCUGUACAGACCCGAAGGGGUGGUUUACUUGUGUGCCAUGUGGUUUAAAACUUGACAGUGAAGGAUCCCUGGCUCUGCACAAGAAGAUUCACUCUCUCCCUGGACACACAGAUAAGUCGUCAGUCUUCAAAAAGCUAAAGAAGAACUUCAAGAACAAUGAAACAAAGAUUAAGCAGCCAGUUGGUCAUAUGCAGACAUCAGAAGUAGGUAGAGAUGAUUCAACAGACAACCCUGAAAUCUCAGGAGAGAGAGACUCUGCAAUGUUGGUAAAAGUGAGUGCAGACAAGCCGUCUGAGGGCUGCCCAGACACCGACACCAGCCAAAGCCCCAGGGUAGCCUCAAAAGCUCUGGCUGUUGGCAAAGAGCCGAAGAAGGAAAAGAAACCCUUGUACUGUCGGUUCUGUGGGAAAGCUUGUCGAAAAAUAGAAUUGCACCUCAAGUAUGAUCACUCAAGGGAGCCCGAGGUGAUGGAAGCUUUGCGUUUUAGCAGAACUCCAGAAGAGAGGAAGAAGCUGUUAAGCCAUCUUUGCAGUAAGGAAAAAACUGAAUGUGAUAACACUGAUGUUGUCAGAAGUGGUAAGGCUGAAGACCUUGUUCAUUGUAUCUUCUGUAAAGGGUCUUACAUGAGGAAUCAGUUUUGGAAACAUGCACUGAUAUGUGAAGAGAAAAAAACAAAGGAGUUAAUUUUAAAUGAAAAUAACAGCAGUGUGUUUCAACCUAAGCCCAGAUUGACACAGAAAACCUUUGAACCAGAAUCUGAGAAACUCAUUCAAGACAACAUCUGCAACACCGUACAGCAGACCCUUCCAGAGUCAUUGAAUGUUCUCUUGCCUGAAACUUAUCCCAGCACUACACAAAAUUCCCUUACAUCAAAUUCUCCUGUUGCAGAAACUGCCAGUACUGUCAUAAACCCAACCCCUGGUCCAGUAAUGGAGGACCCACCCAUUUCAUAUAUUGGUGACAGCACAGUAAAGAUGAGUAUUGAUUCAGAGACUUCAGACCCACCCAUUCUAGAUUCAUUCCCCAGUGCACAUAUGAAGGUUUCUAUUCCAGACACUGGAAUCAGUAUAGCAAAGAAUAUUAACGUGGAGCUAUUGGGUCCUCCUGUUUUAGACUCUUGCCAUGCUGCACCAGAAAUCACUCAAUUAGAAUUAGAGAAUCCACUACCUCUAAACAUGGGUGAUGGACAAGAACAGAAAAGCCCUGAUUCUCAGUGUCCUCCCAUUUUGGAGUCUUGCCACAGUACACCACAGGAAGUCCUUGAUGGUGAAUGCACAUGUCCCCUCAUUGACACAGGUGGGAUACUAGAUAUAAAACAAUGCACUGCAGAAUUGACAAGUCUGCCUCAAUUUGAUGCUAGGUUCGAUACUGCUGAGCAACCGCUUACUUCAGAUUUUAAAAGUCCUUCCCUUCUAGACCCUAGCAACUGUGACAUACAUCAUAAUGUUGGACAACAUUGUCAGAAUCCCGCCUCACAAAAUUUAGACUGUGUUAGAAAAUGUAUUUCUUCUCCAGAAUCAAUGGACCAUCCAGACAUUACCAGCAGCAUUUCGGCUGCUAAUAAAAAAAUAGACAGGGAUGCUGUACCAACUACUGACAGUGGUGAUUUGCAGCAAACCUUUGACUCUGAAGCAGAUGCAGAGAGGACUGCCAUGCCAAAACUUGGCUGCACUGAUUCUCAUCUAACCCCAGAUCAGGAAUUGGAGAUGAUUGCCAGACCUGACACAGACAAAGGUCACCUUGAUUUAGAAUCAACAAAUACUCUAGUUCCAGACUGUGUUGGCUAUGAAACUGGAGACUCCAUUCAAGUCUUUGAAUCCAGAGAGAACAUGGCUUCUGCCACAGAAACUGACAGUCCUCCAGUUUUGGAUCACAUUCCCAAAGAAACGCACGAAACACCUGGUCCAGAAACGGACAGAACAUACAAUCCUACAAAGCAAAUGUUUGAUUCUCAAGGUCACGUCAGAGCCAGCGUGGAUGAGUUUGGUGAAGUUGCAAUCCAGGACUGUGAUUUUAAAAUAUCUCUUGAUUCAGAUACCACUACAACAGUAAAGAGGAAAUGGGACAAUCAAAGCAAUGCGGUCAAGGAAGACCCAAAGAGAAGUCGUCUAAGUAACCCCUUACAGAAGACAUCAGAAGAGUGUGUAGCAUCGACAAGCACUGAAACUUCAGAGCAGACUGGACCACAAACAUACACCUCAAAUUUGACAAGUUUGGAAGACAGUGAAGGAAAUGCAAAGUUAUAUAAAACACAUUACUGCUUCUAUUGCAGAAAACCUUGUGUCCGAAUGACUCAACAUCUCCAGUCAAUGCAUCCUAAAGAGCCAGAUGUAGCAAAAGCCCUUAGUUACGAAAAGAACUCCAAAGAAAGAAAACAAUUGCUGGAUCUUCUCCGAAGCAAAGGCGAUUUCUUACACAAUACAGAUGUGGUUAGGAGUGGAGAGGGCAGUUUGGUGCCAUCUAGACAGCUUGCCACAGCUACCUCAAAUGAGGAUUAUGUGCUUUGCAUAUACUGUCUUGAGUUAUUCAGUAGGAGGUCUGUUGCUAAUCAUGUACAAAGAUGCAAGCAGAAAUAUCCAGACAGAGCUGCAACCAGCUGCAGUGAGCUGCUUCCUAUCACUGUUUCCAGAUCACCAAUUCCAACAUCCAACACAGGCUGUACUUCAGAGAACCUGAAAAGUGCUCCAGAAUCUAUAAAUUCCCCACUGCCAGAUACCUCCUUAAGUGAAGAACUACUAAAGGCUAAUCCACAGUCAGCAAAUGCUCCUAAUGCUGGCAGUUCAUGUAUAGCAGGAGAUGAGGAGAAUCCUCAUGAAGAGUAUGAUGGGUCCCUGGAGGGAGACCAGUCAAUCGGGUCCCUGGAGGGAGACCAGUCAGUCGGGUCCCUUUCAGAGACCGGUCACUGUGGAGCACAGCUUGAUGCUAAUAUAGAAUGUACACAUUCUUCCCCUAAAUAUUUGGGCACAAGUGCUGAGCAAGUUGAUCUAGAAAGAGGAUGUGACAUCACUUCAGACACCAGCCUCGUCACUGGCCAAACAGGAAGCGAUGACACUCCAGAUGCCAGUCAAACAGGAAGUGACUAUGUACACAAGUGGUCACUGUGCAAUCACACUGACACUAAUAUGAGUGAAGAACAGAAGACCGAAGUAGAGCAGAGCAGCCAGAGAGUAUUAGAAAGGAGGAGGAGAAGCUCCCGUCCUCAUAUUCAGGUGAACCAGCCGAUGAGACUGGAUGAUGACUCUGAUGAGGAGAGCGUGUCACACAGCACGAAAGUGCAUGUGUGUGAACACUGCAACGCUACCUUCUGCAGCCCUUAUCACCUGCGCAGACAUGUAUACACACACACAGGUGAAAGACCUUACUGGUGCAGCCAGUGCAAUAUGGGCUUCAUUCAGAAAUAUCGUUUUCGAAACCAUAGAAUGAUGCACCAUGGAGAGACGCAGUUAAGCCUGGACCAGGAACUAGCAAGAAGUCGCAAGAAACGAUCUCUCAGUGGAGAAAAGCCAGCAAACAACGAGCUCCACCAACAGCCUUUGGAUGAGCAUGCUGCGAUGUCACCAGAGCUGCACAAUCCAGACAUGGAAAGAGCUGCCUCCACAGACGGAGACCCAGAGGAACCUUCACAAAGUUACACUUGAAGUGAAGAACUAGAGUUAAAGCCCUUUAUCAGUUUAAUUUUCUCUGAACUGUUGCCUCAGUGAGCAUUUGCAACAUAGAAUGGUAUCAAAGGAAUAUUGACUAUUUUUUAUAAAUAUAGACAAAUUCUUUGCUUGUUUUAUUUCUUUGUAAAUAUUUUUUUUUACAUCCAAUUUUAUAUAUUGCUUAAUCUGAUAUUUUGAUCAGAGGAACAUGUUACUGAACACUGAGAAAAGGUACUUUAAUUUUACUGUAUUAUCUAGAUUAUCUGACUUUCUUGCAUAAGUGCAGGCUGAAAAUAAAAACAAAAGUCUUAUUUCAAA